AUCACAUCAUGGCGUCUUCUUCGAAGCCCCAGAGCUCCCUGCUCUACUCCUGUAUCGCACACCGUUCAACCAUCCUGGCCGAGCACUCCUCCCCAGGAUCAUCAUCCACAGCCGCCUCCUCCCUCGCAUCCAUCAUCCUCCCCAAGAUCACCCACGACAAGCCACAGAAGUUAACAUUCACCCAUGAACGCCUGUUCAUUCACUACAUCGCCGACUCGCCAAGUGGCGGGUCUGCAGAUGAUGUAAACGGACGCACUGAACAAAACUCCGGUGCACCUCUAAGCUACAUCGUAGUAGCAUCCGCCGAACAAGGCCGUCGCAUCCCCUUCGCCUACCUCCUUGAAAUGAAGCGCAACUUCCUCGCCAAGUACCCACCGUCCAGCACAGACUUCUCCAUGUAUCCAGCCUACGGCUGCGCAUCUUUCAACACAGAACUCCGCGCCCUGCUCCAGACCUACAACACCAGCCCACCAGCAGACUCCCUGGCGUCUGCACGCCGCGAGAUUGACAAUGUGCGCGACAUCAUGACGGAGAACAUCGAGCGGGUUCUGGAACGCGGCGAGCGCAUUGAUUUGCUUGUUGAUAAGACUGACCGGCUGGGCGGAAGUGCGCACGAUUUCCGCUUGCGUAGUCGUGGCUUGCGUCGGCGUAUGUGGUGGAAGAAUAUCAAGCUGAUGGUGCUCCUUGGCUUCGUGGUGGUCUUCCUUCUGUACCUGUUUAUCGGGUUCGGAUGUGGACUGCCGGCUUGGUCGAAGUGUGUCGGACAUAAGAAGAGCGAGUAACUUACUGCUGGUUAGCGUAUACGGAGCGGGGCUAGACGUUUACUCAUUUUGCUUGAGCAAGCGUGGCUCUUGCAUGUCUUUUUUCUUCGGUUGAAUCCUU